AUGGAGGUCAACAAAGAGGAGGCCCUGCGAUGCCUGCACAUCGCUCAGCGGCAUCGUAACUCGUCCAAUCUCCCCUCGGCCAUAAAGUUCGCUCGGAAAUCAGUCUCCCUCUUCUCGACACCAGAAGGCGAGGCGAUGGUCUCCAUCCUCCAACGAGAAAUAGCCGUCUCGGAACAGGCGGAAGCUUCAGGUAGUGGCGCGGCAACGCCUGAUGCCUCAGCGGGGUCGAGCUCAUCGACCAAAGCCAGCGGGGUGGAGGAACAUCUAUCCUCCGCAAAGCAGCGGCCGGGGCAUACUGCUGCUGCCGCCGCGGAGAAGAGCAAGAAGCGGGAAUAUACGCCAAAGCAGAUGGAGGUGGUCAAGCGGGUCAAGGGGUGCAAGCACCACGAAUACUACGAGAUACUGUCCAUUGAGAGGACGUGCGAAGAGAGCGAUGUGAAGAGGUCGUACAAAAAGCUGGCUCUAGCUUUACAUCCAGAUAAGAACGGAGCGCCCGGCGCCGAUGAGGCUUUCAAGAUGGUAUCGAAAGCAUUCCAAGUCUUAUCAGACCCAAAUCUCCGGGCAGCUUUCGACUCAAAUCCCCAUUCCGACCCAACAUCAAGAGGUGGAGGUGGAGGUGGCGGAGGUGGAGGAGGCAUGUACCGAGGUGGUGGAGGCAUGCCGCCCGGAUUCGGAGGAGGGAACGGGAUGUACACUGAGAUCAAUCCGGAAGAUCUGUUCAAUGCGUUCUUCGGUGGCGGAAUGGGCGGCGGGUUUGGGAGACAGCAGAACGUCUUCACAUUCGGAGGAAAUGGCUUUGGUCAACCACGGCGACGUCAACCUGCCAGACCAGCCGGCGCCAAUGGUCAAGCACAAGAAGCCUCGUCCCUUGUCGCCCUACUCCCCAUCAUCAUCCUCUGCGCAUUCGCACUCCUUUCCCAACUACCUUCCCUCUUUAACCUCAGCACGCCGGACCCGUCCUACUCGUUCGAGAUGACACCGCAGUACUCUCACUCACGGUCGACGUGGAAUUGGAAUGUUCCGUACUACGUGAACGAGGCGGAAUGGGGAGCGAGCGAGGUCUGGAAGUCGGUUCCAGAAGCGAGGAGGGGAGAGCAGAAGGCGGCCAUGUUCUCCAGUAGGGUGAGAGGGUUCGAGCGGCAGGUCGAGAGUGUGUACGCAGGGAGAUUGCGGAACGAGUGUGAGCGGUUCCUUGAUCUCAAGGAACGGCGCGUCUCGCAAGAGUCUGGCUUCUUCGGGAUAGGCGCAGACUUUGAGAAGAUCAGGAAGAUCCGCAUGGAGUCGAAUCCGGCGUGCGACCAGCUGCGGAAAUGGGGGAUCGGGACGUCCCAGCAGCAGCGACAACCCGCGGGUUUCUUUUGA